GGGGGAAGUGCAGAUAUACAAGGUAAAGUUGCAAGUAAGAAUGUCGCAUGUCGAUUGUUCUCGGGCUAGUCGGGUACAUACGGAGGAUGCCGGGAUGGUAGAUGGAACGUGGGAGUGAAGAGAAUGGAACAAUCAGCGCAAAGGAAGCACUUGCCCGGCCGCCCAUGCAUGACCAGAGUACUCGCAUGCACCGCUAUCGUCGUAUUUUGUUGUUCGUAUGCUCCCAGCUUCUUGAUAUCUAUAGCUGUUCUGAUCUCUGUAACAUCACCCCAUCCUAUCGUUUUCAAUCCCCUCCACCAUAAAAAGAGGCUCUCGUCGAGGUCUCUUGUCUCUUGUCCCCAUCCUCUACCACUUCGAUCUGUCGAGAUAGAAAAGUAUACUACCUUGAACAGCUCGCAGCGAAAAUGACGUCCAUCGCCAUCUACCUGGUACCCGUGUACUUCAUCGUCCUGUGCGUGCUUGUCAACUACAUUGUCAUCCGGACAUCCCCAACCCUCCGCAGCCGGCUAGCAACCUCGCACAAGAUCCGGUACUGUAUCCCAUACCCUCUUAUCCUUAUCGGCUUACCACCGUCACCUGUCUCGACCACUACGUCAGGACCAGAGACGGCCCAACGGAGUAGUAAUCCGGUCUCCUUCUUCUUCUCUUCCCUACGCCCAGGUGCAUCCUCCUCACAACCCCGACAACAAGGACACGGACUAGGAGGCCGGACACGGACGACCUCUACCUCGAAUUCGAAUGCGACGAACAAUAACGGUAGUACGAUCAACGGGGUACCGGGGCAGGGGGACCCGUUGACGGAUAUCUUGGCUAGGCAUUUACACCUCGGGAACAACCAUGCGAACGGAGGUGGAAGAGGUGGGAGGAUCGCAAGAGGGUUGGGCUUGGGUUCGGGUCGGGGCGCCGCAGCUUCAAGUGGGACGCCGACAUCCAAUACCACCCCGGCAGUACCCACGACAAAUACUACAACAACAUCAAUUACAACGACGACGACUCCAGCUGUGAGCGGCCGAGUGAUCACACGUGGAGGUAGGAGGUGGGGCCGGACCGGGUCUCAACGGUCGACCCAGACGUUACCGCUGUACGAGGAAGAUGUCGGGGCGGAGGAUGUCGUCUUGAUUCGGAAACGAGAGUCUUUGAGACAGAUGGGACGAGGCGAGGAGACGGACAUUGUCGAAGGUCAGAACGAGGACGAGGACGAUCAAGAUAACGCUGGACCUAGCUCUCAGCUGCUCCGUGAGGAGGAUGAACCCGGUCAAAGCUCGACGGAUGUCGACCAUGAUAACAACGACAAUGACGUCCGCUCAGACGAGACUCAUACGGGCACGACCACCUCGCCCGCAGCCGAUUCGCCUGACCGAGGUCGGACCCGAGCGUCUAGCGUGUCGACGUCUGAUAUUCCCGAUCGAGGAUGGGGAGAGGCGCCCAGUUACGAUACCGCCGUGCCCCCACCGAGGUUUGAUUUCGAUAUCGAUCCCGAAUCACGUCCAGCUGGUGGUCGCACUGGCAGCAGCAAUGCCAAUGCCACCGGCGGAGGCGGUUUCAGGGCGUUUGUCGGCCGUCUGACGGGUGGGAGGGCGGAACAACAUCGUCGUGGAUUCAGCACCGGUUCUACGGCGACGGACGAUGAUCGAGCGGGGCUGAUGAGGAUGUCGACCUCGGGUACGAGCACGGGUCGGAACCGAGGUUGGUCGAACGCUUCGUCCAUGCGAAACGUCUCUGGUGCUUCUACGCCGGGGAUGAUGAGCCAGGUCUCCCUCCUCUCCGUCAAUAACAACAACAUCAACAACUCUCAGCCGAUGACCCGGUUCUCGAGCCGUUUGUCUUCCUUUGGAGCAGUUACACCUAUCUCGGCCUCGUCCUCGGUGAUCAACCUCAACGGACCCAUCUCCGGGCCGUUACCGGGAAGCCUCAUCCGAUCUUCAUUCGACGCACCACGAGCGGGCUUUUCAGCUAAGCAGGUGGAGUUCCUCAGCAGCACGGAUAGUCUGGGCAAAUAUGGCGUCAGGGUGGAUGUGGAUGGCAACCCGAUCGACUCUGGGAUUGGGAUGGGUAGAGCGAGAGGCUCUAGCGUAGGCUCGACGGCAAGACCUAGCGUUGAUGAGGGUGCGGGUGUUGGUACCGGAUGGAGAGCUUUGGCAAGGGAAGAGCAAGCGGCAGCCUCUUCGUCGGGGACAGUGCCGGCGCCCUUACACAUACAGAUCCCUCGAGCGGACGACGUCGAGAUCGAGGUCGUCCCUCCCACGCCCACUAUUACGUCCGGACAAUAAGUCGGCGAAGAAAUACAGACGAACACGAAGCGAAUAUCGAAUACCCGACCUAGCCCGGUCCAAUAACGACACACACAUACACGAAGAAUUUGCUGGUACCAAGGUUGUUUUAAGAAUGAGGGACGAGCCUGUUAUGACCACGACCGAGUAGGAUAGACGAGCGCAAAAUGUACUGUCAGACAGAGAGGAACUCAAUCUUGGGAAAGGUUGAACUGGCCGGAUGAACAUGGCAGCGAAACGUAACACAACAUAUUGUCAAAGUGAGGUUCUUGGCUAGGCCAUAUCACAAGUAGUUUGUCAUCAGCAAAUGAACGCACUCGAACCUAAUAUGCACGACAUAAAUAGCAGAU